AUGACACUGAUGGCUCUCCUUCAACUACUGCCGAGAGUCAGGUCGUGCAGUCGCUGGGCGUGGCCAUCUACCAAGCUCUGGACUGGGGGCUGGACGACAGCGAAGAGCGGGAGCUCAGCCCACAGCUGGAGCGCCUCAUCGAACGCAUGGCUGGCGGGGACCAGGCUGAAAAAGGUGACAUCAGGAACAGUACAACAGAUGAGGGCUACAGCGGCCAAGAAGAGGAGGAAGAGGAGGAGGAGGAUGAACAAGAGGGAGCCAGAAGGCCAGUGUUUACGUUCCGCAAAGUGAUGACGCUUUGUGCGUCUCGGCUGGCAAACCCCAGCUUGGCCCCGGAGCACUACCAGGCCGUGUGCAGGGCUCUGUUUUUGGAGACUCUUGAGCUACAGACCUUCCUUUUUAAGAUCAGAGAUGCUAAGGAGAUGCUGAAGAAAAUCUCAACAAAGGAAGUUUUGGUGGACGGAUCGACAGCCGAGCUGGAUGCACUGAAACACCAUGACUGGGCUCGGCUGUGGGUGCAGCUGAUGAAGGAGCUCCGGCAGGGAGUGAAGCUGAAGAAGGUGCAGGAGCAGCCAUUCAACUCACUGCCCACAGAGUUCAGCCUCACUCCCUUUGAGAUGCUGAUGCAGGACAUACGAACUCGCAAGUUCCAGCUGCGCAAAGUUAUGGUAGACGGGGACAUUCCCACCAGAGUGAAGAGAAAUGCUCAUGAAAUGAUUCUGGAUUUCAUUAGAUCACGACCCCCACUUAAACCAGUUUCAGAGCGCAGCCUCCCUCCUCCUCCCCCACAGAAGAAGUCCCUCCAUGACCUGGUCCUGGCUGGAAUAAAGCAGGAAAGAAAACUCCGGCCUGUGGACCCCUCUGGCUCCAGACCGUUUGGCUCUCUGCCCUGCCUGGCUCAAACUUGUCCUUGUGAUGUCAAAUCCACCUCAUGCAUCGACCUGUCUGUGUCUGAACUUGGAUCACGCUUACCGUCCCGCCCUCGUGUACUGCUCAAGGCUCCCACUCUGGCCGAGAUGGAAGAGAUGAACAUAUCUGAGGAGGAGGAGUCUCCAGACAACAGCGACUCGAGGAGGGCUGAGAGCUCGCCCACACCUCUAAAAAGAGAUCGCUCCUUCUCAGAGCACGACCUGGCCCUGCUCCGUGGUGAGAUGCUUCCCUCGCUCUCUGAGUCGUCCCAGCUGGGCGGUGGGGUCAUGCUGAGGGGCGAAAGGCCUCGGUCCAGGACUCUGACUGGAGCUGGGCCGCCUCCUUACCACAGAGCUUCCUUCCCAGUUCACGGCUGGGU